AUGUUGUGCGCCAUCAAAAGCACAGGUUAUCGGUAUCCUCGCACGGGAGCCUUAAAUCUACUACGUGGACGACCAUUUAAUAUGGCCACCCGAAAAAUAACUACUGAAAGGAUCCCCGGCCCUCCCAAGCUGCCAAGAGAAGAGCAGGAAGAGUUCGAAAGACUUCAGAGGAUUGCCACAUCGCAAGAGGCAAUAGAUCAGUAUAAUGCGCAGGCCACCGGCGAUCGUACAAAGGAGAGUUUGAAUUCACCGCUUUUAACCAAAAACGAUAUUGGGUCAUUCUCGCCUGAAUUUUCCAAGACCAUACCUGAAUUCGAAGGUGAUGUUAACCCCAAGACUGGUGAAGUUGGGGGUCCCAAGCAGGACCCGUUGAGACACGGCGAUUAUUCGUUUAACGGAAGAGUAACGGAUUUCUAG